GAAGAGGUGGGAGCACAUGGAGGAUUAUCGCGGAGAUCUAAAGGGAGCGCGUCCAGGCAUCGUGAGCAGGGAAAAGCUCGUGAGGGGCGGCACAGGCCGGAGCCGCAACCGGGAAACCAGCCGGGGCAGAAAGUGGGUAAAUCCACUGAUUGUCAGAGAACUCACAGGAACCUCAAAGCAAUCACAGCCCAGCAGCAAAUCCCCAGGGCAAAGAGAAAAAACCCAUGCACCGAGUGUGGGAAAAACUUCACUUACCGCUCAGACCUUCUUAUACACGAGAGAAUCCACAUGGGGGAGAGACCCUAUGAGUGCCCUGAGUGCGGGAAACGCUUCAAUCGCAGCUCAACCCUUAUCAGACACCAGAGACUCCACACGGGGCAGAGACCUUACAAAUGCCCCGAGUGCGGGAAACGCUUCCCUCAGCGCUCAGCCCUUGUUACCCACCAGAGGAUCCACACCGGGGAGACCCCCUAUACGUGCUCGGCGUGUGAGAAACGCUUCACUCAGAGCUCAAACCUCAUAGCCCACCAGAGGAUCCACACCGGGGAGCGAGCUUACAAAUGCCAUGACUGUGGGAAAAGCUUCACCAUCAGUUCAAACCUGAUCCGGCAUCAGAGAAUCCACACGGGAGAGACCCCCUACGGAUGCGCCGAGUGCGGGAAAAGCGUCACGGUGAGCUCACACCUUAUUCGACACCAGGGCACCCACACUGGCGAGAACCCUUAUAAAUGCGCCGACUGUGGGAGAAACUUCAAACAGAACUCCAACCUUUUGGCACAUCAGAGAAUUCACACGGGAGACAGACCCUAUAUGUGCACUGAGUGUGGGAAAUGCUUCACGCAGACCUCAGCCCUUAUUAAACACCAGAGAAUCCACAAUGGAGACUAACGGGACAAAGAUUUUGCUUCCUGCAGAGUGGCCUUGAAAGGGUGUUUGCACCAUUUGCUCACCGUGGGCUCUCAGGGGAGUCGCUUGCUUUUACAGCUUGGCCUUUGGUAAAUCCCAUGAUCCUUUCUAUCAAGUCUUUUGUCCUAUUAGUCAUGGGAGUGUGUCCCUCUCUUACCCGGAAUGUCUCCCGGUGGGGGAGACAGAGCUGAUCUCAGCUAGACACACUGAAAACAGAUCUAUCUUGGGGUGAGUCUGAGAGAUUCGCUCUUUCCCCAUCGCCGUCUGGCCCCCGCCCACCCCCUCACUCCAGCAGCAUUAGCUUCUGCCUGACCUACCCAGAGUUUGUCCUCCUUACAUACACAAAGUCAUUUUAUUUUUAAAAUGACUAACAAACAUAUAGUUUAGAGAAAUAAGAGCGGGGAGGCGAGCUCCACCAAUUGUUUAUCUCACUGCAAUUCAGGGUGCUGGCUCCCAAUGUUUAGUCACCGGAGUUCUUUUAUGUACCUUAGAGGAGACCAGGAUUAAGACCAAGCAAAAUCACCACAAUUAUUAACCAUGGCUAUUUUAUUAUUAAAAAAGGAAACAUCAAAAAAAGCAACACAAAUGACAGCAUACACAUGAUAAACUGAUUAUUUCUGUUACAAUCUCUUUUGUAUGCCUCUCCGUGGAGAGUUUUUAACCCUAUUAGAGUCGGCUCACCUUCACAGGGGUACUUUUCUCCAGGUACGUUGAGACCAAGGUAUAUUGUUUCUCAAAAUUAUGGAGAUUCCAUUCUCUGGUAUAUCCUUAGAUAACUACAGAUGUUUCUAAAUGGACAAAAUAAUUUGCUUUAAGGGCAGGCGUAUCCUGUUGGUUAUUAACGAAUAACCAGCCCGUUUAUAAUUGGGCAAAGUGACGAAUCUUAACUAGAUCCUAUGAAAAUGAAGAAAAUAUUCAGAUCUGUUCAUUAGAAGAAGCCAUUUAAGGACCUAUAUUCAAACAGGCCAAUUACAAAUAUCAAGAAUUUUAAAUUCAAUUAAGUCCUGCUAUUUCUCUGUUUAACAAUGUUUAGCCCUUUUCACAUCUCCAGUAAGUCAUGGUCUGACCACUUGAGAAACUGUUCGUAUUUUAAGUGACAACACCACUUUUAAAUUCCAAUAAAAUCACAACACGCGUUCAAAUCUAAACCCCUGGAGUUGUCCCAGUUCUGGUCUAUUCAACAAACGUAUG